ACAACAUUCUGCUGAGUGCAAAAAUUGGCGCCGAGUCGUUCUCGUGUUUGCGGUACUUAUUUCUUAAGAAAGUUCAGUAAAUAAACAAUUUAUAAAUCUUUAAGCUGAACGUUGUUUGUUAGUAGUGAUGUUUGAUUUAUAGGCGUAAAUUGCAGCCAAAAAAUGGCGGAAAUCCCUAAGCUAAAGGCUCAAGUUGUGUCCCGUUUCAAUAUUAGUGGUUUUCAAAUUCGCAGUGAGGCGAGUAUAUUUCUAGCCCAGCAGCUAGUCCCGUUGCCAGAAACGGACCGUAAACGAUGGCUGCAGAACGUCGCCAAUCACGUACAAGGUCAGAGCCUAGAGCUGCCGGUGGUGGAGAAAAAGCACAUCGAACUUGCGAUCAGAGAGGCCAACAACACCGGCCUCGAGGAUAGAGAGACCGUGUUCAGCGUUAUCAAUGCAUUCGAUGUGCCAAAGUUUCGCUAUUGUGAGGAGAAACGGAAGUUCCUCCCGGCCAGCGGCAAGCGAGGUUUCCUACCGGGCUCGGAAGUCAAGUCGGAGUAUAUUCGCGAGCGGUAUCUGAUGUUGUGGCAGAAAACCAGUCGCCACGAGAUGUUCAACACCAGCAAGAUUGUGCUGAACAACAACCUGAAGCGGUUGGCACUGAGAAAGAUCGAAACACUGCUGUCGACGUCCAAAAUGAAUGACGUUGUUAUUUUAGGCCUGCUAACGCAACUAACAGAAGGUAAAUUCCACUUGGAAGAUCCCACCGGAGUAGUUCCAGUCGAUCUGAGCGAAACAGUGUUCUCGUCUGGUCUUUUCUGCGAGGGUUGCUUCGUGCUGGCCUGUGGAAAAUUUCGUGACGGUACGCUUAAGAUAGAAGAAAUGGGCUUUCCCGUGACGGAACUAGCAUCCAGUAGUCGUGCUUUUUUCGGCACUUGCAAUACCUGGGGUGGCCGUUCCAAAAGUUUGCUGAAAUAUUCGCGCAAUUUGGCAGAACUUGAGAAGAACAACAGUGGCGACAGUAUUGUCUUUCUUGCGGACUGCUGGCUGGAUAAUCCGAUUGUGCUACAAAAGCUGAAGCUAUUACUGCAAGGAUAUGAUGAAUUCCCACCAGUGGCUAUUGUUUUGAUGGGUCCGUUUGCUAAGGUGAACGAAAAUGUUUACUCACUGAAAGGUCGGUUUCAAGCGUUGGGCGAAAUUUUAUCCAACUGUGAACGAUUAAAGAUGGAAACAGAUGUUGUGCUGGUGCCGUCAUGCGACGAUCCGUGCGCCGCGAACAUUCUACCACGUCCACCACUGCCCGAGUGUUUAGUUGGCGAUUUGAAGAAGCGCUAUCCUAGAAUAGUGCUGGCAACUAAUCCGUGCCGGUUGCAAUACUGUACCCAACAGAUUAUUGUCUGUCGAUCUGAUUUAGUAACAAAGCUAUGUCGAAAUACAAUACAUUUUCCUAAGGGAGGCCAACUGGAGGAUCACUUUGCUCGUACGCUAAUCAGCCAAGGUACACUGGCGCCGCUACAUCCGAUAGCACUUCCGGUGCACUGGAAUUACGAUGCUGCUCUGUCACUUUAUCCGUUGCCGGAUCUGGUGGUGAUCGGCGACCCAUGCCAGGGUUUCCAAACCACCGAACAGGAGUGCACCAUCAUGAACACCGGAUCCUUUCCAAAGUCUAAGUUUGCCUUCAAAGUUUAUAUUCCGUCGUCACGCACGGUCGAAGACUCGCAGAUUCCAGACGAUUGAGAGAACGAGAAUGGAGAAUAAAGUCGAAUCAUUUUCACUGGUUUCA